AUGAUUGUAGGGCUGUUUCGAUACAAGAGUCUGCACCAGACGGCGUUGUUUUCGCUUUACAGAUCGCUUGUACGAAAUAUCGGCAAAUUAAACAAUAUUGACAUCCUACAAGAUUCAGAGCAUAUUAAAGGUUGCAAGGAUAUUGCAAAUGAGCUAGAAAAGAUCAAAUUAGACCAAAAGCAAUACUUCUCCAAUCUACGUUUUGAAUUGCUCUACUCAAUCCGCAAUGAAUUCCAAAAACAGAAACAGGAACCGUUCAAGUUGACUUCCCAGGCGGUAGCUGAUUCCAGGUUUGUACAACAGUUUGAAAUGGGUAUACGUCUAGAUCAACUUUUGGACAAGUUCGUUCAGGAAAAGAGCAUAAUUGAGUUGUUAACAUUUGUACUUGAAUACCGACUGAGUCAGUUCAAGAAACAGAAAUGGAGAGCAGACUAUCUUCGCCGAAGAGAGGAAAUAGACAAGAAAAUUCAUCGAGAAAGAGAAGUCAACAAAAAGAAAGCCAAGUACAAACCACAACUAAAAAAACCAGUAGAUCCUCUUAAGAUAUAUCACAAACUUGACAAUAGACAGAAGCGAUUAGUUAUCGACAAUGAGCGGAGAAGAAGCAGCGUUCAUUCCAACCAUUUACUUCGUAGGUUCUUGAAGUUGAAACAAGCUUCCGGAGAGAUUCCUACGCCACAACUUCUACCAUAUACGUCUGAGAGUAAUGGCAUCAGUGCAGACUCCAUGAGCAAUGUUCAUCAUGUUCCCAAAGGAUCCACGGCAAAUGCGGCUAUACAAACUGCCUACGACAUGGAGUAUAUCAAAGCAGUAGUGAUUCCAUCUUUAGAGUUUGAUAUUAAUAAGAAACAUUUUCUCGAGAAGAUUUCGCAUACGGUUAAUGAAAAAGGGCCUAGUAAAGUCCAGGUAAGGACAACUAAUGCUGCCUUCACAACUUUGUCUUUUUUACAAUUGCCUUACCCUACUAUUCCUCAGCUUGAAAAAAUAGCUGUAGACUUUAAAAAGCUGUUGUUCGUUGCCAGAUUACAAAAUAUAUGGGAAUCUUCUCCUGGUAAAAUGAAAGAUGAGAAUCUUCUUGCUGAUGGCAGUUACAGCGUUAAGGGUAGUGGUGGAUUUGGUCCAGACGAAUGUAUCUAUCCUCGGCACCACUAUCAGCGAUUGGCCGAGGGUGAAGCCUUGUGGGAGUAUUUAAUGAACAGAAAUGAUAAGACGCCUUUAAAGGCAUAUGUAAAGGAUUGGACUAUAGCCUUAGAUAUCACAUCCAGUGAGCUAGCUUCCAAGGCAGAUGAAAUAAAGAAGAAGUAUAACGACUUACGAAGACCUAACUCAAAGUUAUAUGAAGAGAAAGAACGGAAGCAGCAACAGAUGUUCACACACUUCGAUAAGUUGUCUGUUUCAUACGGUGACUUGAUAGCUAAAUUGAACGAGAAACAGGUCCAUAAACAUUCCGAUAUCGUCAAUUUGGGAGACAAGAUAAGGAAGACAUAUGACAAGAGACUCGGAAAUCAUUCAAUGACGAGAAAGACUUACAGAGGCAUACCUAAUAUAGAAGGAGUUGGAAUGGGCAAGGCGUUAGGAGACUAUCUAGAUGAAGCAGGGUUGCCCUGCUUCAAGUGGGGCGAUGAAUUCUACGACCACUUUGAUUUUUAA